AUGAAUUCGAGGGGCGGGCCGUAUGGGCAGUGGCCGGCACGCAACCGAAACGGUCCGAGAUCCGGGCCAUUCGUGCCUGUUGCUGGCACCUUCUCUGAACCAGCGCCACGAACAAUAGGAUACCCCGUCCAAGACCCCAGACAGCCACACGUACCCAGCGCUGCGCAUCAUCUGUUCCCUCCACAACACGCCUAUAAUGGCGUACCGAGGAUCCCCAUCUCGAACGCAGAGUUCGAGCAGGCUCGUGCGACUUUCUCGGACUCUUCGUACCAGGAAACACUAAUCGCUCCUCUAUUCACCGAACCGGUGGAAUAUGAAGGUUUCAUUCCAGCUCCAGGCCAUGAAAAUGACCAUGUUGCCGCUCCUGAUACGUACGACAACAGGCAUUACGACUAUGACUACGAUACUUCUACCGAGGAGGAUGACAGCGAAGAUGAGCGAAUCACGGCCGAAGCUGCGCUAACUCAUGAUCGAGAGGAAGAUAAAGACUUCUCUUUGUCCGACGAUGAGCUUGAGGAGAAUCCUGAGGAUUUCAUGAUUGUGGAUGCUGACCUCUCAGAGGAAGAGACCGUUCCCAAACGCGUGAAAUCCAAGGGCAAGGGAACGAGAGGAGGCCGGCGUGGUAGACCUCCUUUAGAUCCGCGAAGCGGGUCAAGACCUAUGGCACAGCGGGGUCGAAAACCCGGGACCAAGGGCAGGCCUAAAGGCAAGAUCGGACCACGCCCUGUAGCAGAUCCUGGACCCGAAUUCAAGGAUUUGCAACGACUGGCGAACGAAGCCUACAUGAAGGAAGAUUACGAGACCGCAAUGAGCCAUGCCAAAGAAGCUAUAAAGCUGAAUCCGGAAAUAUUCUCCGCUUACAGUCUGUUGUCGGAGAUAUACGCCGCUAUGGGUAAUGAGGAGGACUCUAUAGGGACUCUGAUGGGUGGUGCACCGACAAAACGCGAUAAACAUCUCUGGUAUCUAUUGCUCGAGCGAAUCGAGAAGAUCGAUCCCGUUGACUAUCCCAGAAUGGACAGGAAUAUGAAAGACAAACUUUCCGUCUUGUGUCUGACGUCUAUCAUCAAUCUUGAUAGCGAUGACUGGGAUGCUCGCUAUAAGAAAUUAGAACUUGAAGUCCGGCGUCAGCGACAUUCUUCAUGUGUCAUACUCUGCCGCAAGAUGCUAAAAAUACGGCCGCACGAUACGCGCGUUCUGUCUACAAUGGCGCAAAUGGGAACAGCGAAUGACAGACAAACGAGUCUUCAUCUCUCCAGCGUCAUUGAAUCCUUUGAGUCUACAGUCAACCAUUUCGUUGCACUCAACGAUCCUUCGAACAGUGGAUUGGACUUCGGCUUCCUAUAUGUUUACCUUGAUCUUUUAGACAAGGCAGGGGACUACAACUACGCUCUAUUCCGCCUCAAGACCCUCUCUCGAUGGAUCCAGAAGAGGGCCGCUGAAACUUACUGGGAUGACCUAGACGAUGACCGUGAAUUCGACUUUGAAGACGUGCCACGACGCAUAGCUGUAGUUGAGUUUGCACGACAGACGAAGAAGCGCCGAGGCAACUAUGGAAAGGGAUUGCCUUUGGAGAUAAUCAUCAAGAUGGGCCUAUUCCGACUGCGCACAGUUCCACCAAAUUUCGACGAAGCCAUGCGGCACCUCAAUCUGCUUUAUCCGGAAGACGAUAGCAGUGAGGAAACCCUGCUGUGGGAGGAUACAAACCUGUUCGACACAGUGGCGAGAGCUCUCUUUGAGACCGAUCAUUACAAGGAGGCUUUGCGGUUCUACGAACCUCUUUACAGGCAUAGCUUACUACCACAGACUCUGGAAAGCUACAUUGGGAUGUAUACGUGCUACCGAGAAGUGGGGGACACAGGAAAAGCUGAGAUCAUUCUACCAAAAUUGCAUGAUUGGAAGGAGACGAAUUUGAAGGACUGGGCAACCUUGGCGAAGUUCUUCGAAGAUCAAGGCAUGAUGGCCGAAGCUAUGCGUCGUGCAGAAGUUGUCUUCCAGAAUCGUGCUUCCUUGCUCUUAAGGGCCAAUGGAUUUCAUCAUUACGACGAACUCCGGAGGCAUUUCUUCAAGGCGCGAAAGCAAGCCCGAGGCAAACAUGGGGUUAGAAAAGCGCGUGUCAAGAAAUACAUGAAGAAGCUCAAAGCGGCGACACGUAACGAUGGAGAAACCGAUCAGGAGGAGAACACUACCGAGCGUCCUUCACUUGGACCAUUGAAGGAUAGACCGAAGAAAGGCUUGUUUCGCACGAAGGAGCGGCCUCUGGAGAAGAAGCCUCAGACUUUCAUGCCGGUAGAUGAGCCCAAAACCUUGGAGGGUACAGAAGUUCCCCUGACUGCCAUCGAUCACAACAUCUUCCGCAAGAAGCUAAAAGAUCUUGCAGACCACUAUGCAGACGAGCUUGCGGCUGCUAGGCUCAAGCAUCGUGAGAUCACUGCUAGCUUCUCUCGGUUGGAAAAAUUGUGCGACAAUGCGGAUGGCGGAGUCCGGUCUGCCUCCACCGAAUAUCUAUCCAUAGCCAGAGAGCUCAUCGAGGAAUUUUCGACAUUUGAUAUUUUCUACUCUGACCGCCGACAGGCAUUCCGAGGCUACUUCAGGCGCUUGGGUUCCGGAGACAUCUGGAAGGAAUCUGCUCUGAUGAUUCUGGCUGUAGGGGCAAACCGAGUGGAAGAUGGUGAAGCGGAUGUAGAGUUGAAAGAACGACCCGACACAACUCCGGAAGACUUCUUCGGUGUCCACUUCGACCAAUGGGCCGAGGUCUUUUGUCGCUACGCUCUUCUUCUUGCUCGCGAAGGGUCGGAAGAACGUUGCUUCAAUGUUCUGGACGUGGCCUUGCAGUCUAACGUAUUCUACAAAUCCCAGAAAUACACUUGCAGCAUUGAACUUUGUCGUCUGUCCUGCGCAUUGGCUGUCGAUGACUCCGUGCAAGUUUCUGCUAGCAUUCGGUACCUUCUCAAGACGUAUCCUUUUGGCACUGAGAUCUUCCGCUUGUACAGCGCCGCGAAUCGCCUAUGCUCCGUUAGCGAUGGCUACGCUACCGGAGCCGCAACCAAAGUCGUUAUGAGGUGGAUCAAGACAAUCGACUAUGCCCUGCUUGAUCCGGAGAAUCGUAAGUGGUACAAUUUCGCAGGCGGUGACCGUACGCAAUGGAUGCAACAAACACUAAAUUCCGGGCUUAUUGGCCAAGUCAAAAAGCAUGAUCCUGCCCUAUUUGCGCUGUUUGGACACCUUUUGAUGUGUACUGGCUCGUAUACGGCAGCUCUGAACUACUUCUUCCGGGCGUUCGCCAUCACGCCCAAAGAUCCGGUCUUGAACUUGUCGAUCGGUGUCGCUUACUUCCAGCACGCACUGAAGCGCCUUUCAGAGAACCGACAGUACCAGAUUCAACAAGGCAUAGCAUUCAUUACGCGUUAUUACGACUUGAGAACCAUGGAGAAGGUCGGUGUCCAUCAACAAGAGGCUGAAUUCAAUGUUGGCAGGGUGUAUCAUGGUUUAGGCCUUGUUGCUCAGGCCAUACCUUACUAUCAGCGCUGCAUAACCCUGAGCGGUCUCCCUGAAGACCGGACUGUGGAGGAUUUUGUGGCUGAGGCUGCUUAUGCACUCCAAACUAUUUACAUGUUGAGUGGGGACUUUGAAGGGGCUCUCGAGGUAACGAUGUCACAUCUGGUCAUUGAGUAA